UCUACACCUUUAUCACCAGUAGGACCCUUCUCCUUUUAAAUAUGGCUCCUCUCAUGUCCCUCUCCCUUAACCUGAGCUUUUUAAUUUCCCCCACAGCUGCUCUGCCCUCUUCCAUCCUCCAUUAGCAGAAAAAGAAAGCUUUUCAACCCUCAACUUGCUGUAAAUCAAGCUAACCCAAAAAAAAUCAGAAAAAAACAAAAAAAUGGAAGAAGGCUAUGAAGGAGAGAGAUGGAUUGGCUAUGUGGAUUGGAGAGGAAGACCAGCUCUGAAAAGAAAACAUGGAGGAAUGGUUGCUGCUUCCUUUGUCUUAGCGGUGGAGAUAAUGGAGAAUCUGGCUUUCUUAGCCAAUGCGAGCAACUUGGUCACCUACUUGGAUGGCUUCAUGUACUUCUCGCCUUCUCGCUCCGCAACCGCGGUGACAAAUUUCAUGGGCACAGCUUUUCUCCUCGCUCUGCUCGGCGGAUUCCUCUCCGAUGCCUUCUUCACCACCUACGUUAUCUACCUCAUAAGCGCUUUUAUCGAGUUCUUGGGACUAACAAUCCUCACAAUCCAAGCGCGGUCUCCGACCCUAAAACCACCACCUUGUUCCUCCGCCCCCCUCUCCUCCUGCCAAGAAGCCACCGGCUCCAAGGCCGCAAUGCUCUUCGCCGGACUCUACCUCACCGCUCUCGGUAUCGGCGGCAUAAAAGGCUCCCUCCCAUCUCACGGCGCCGAGCAGCUCGACGAAACCACCGCCUAUGGCCGAAAACAACGCUCCACUUUCUUCAACUACUUCGUCUUCUGCCUCUCCUUAGGCGCCCUCAUCGCAGUCACCUUCGUCGUCUGGAUCGAAGACAACAAAGGCUGGCAAUGGGGCUUCGCUAUCUCCACCCUCACCAUCUUCCUCUCCAUACCCACAUUCCUCUCUGCCUCUCCAAUUUACCGCAACAAACUCCCCGCCGGAAGCCCCCUCACCAUAAUCGCCAAGGUAUUCCUCGCCGCCAUCUUCAACUCUACCUCAAAUCAAAGCCACUGCAAUGCCGUCGUUGAUCUUGCCGCCAGCUCCGCCGGCAACAAUGAAGCGGUUAUUAAACAGCCAGGUUAUCAAUCAAUCAAUCAAAUCGUUUCACUAACCAAAGAGCUCAGAUUUCUCAAUCGAGCCGUGGAUUGUUCGCCGGCGCAUAAAGCGCUGACUUGCAGUCAUGGGGAAGUAGAAGAAGUCAAAAUGGUGGUGAAAAUUCUUCCAAUUUUUCUCUUAACUAUAAUGCUCAACUGUUGCCUGGCUCAGCUCUCUACUUUCUCAGUGCAACAAGCAGCAACAAUGGAUACUCGGGUGGGCGGGCUCACUGUCCCGCCGGCCUCCCUUCCUGUUUUCCCUGUGAUUUUCAUAUUAGCUCUUGCACCAUUAUACGACCACUUCAUCAUCCCUGUGGCCCGCAGAUUCAACAGAACCGAAACAGGGAUAACACACCUCCAAAGAAUCGGGAUUGGGUUGGUGCUCUCUGUCGUAGCAAUGGCUACGGCGGCGCUGGUGGAGGUGAAGAGGAAGAGGGUGGCGGAGCAAUCCGGUUUGGUUGACUCAGCUGAACCGCUGCCUAUAUCCUUCUUCUGGGUGGCGUUGCAGUAUCUGUUUCUCGGCUCUGCGGAUCUGUUUACGCUUGCGGGAUUAAUGGAGUUCUUCUUUACGGAAGCGCCGGCAGGGAUGAGGUCGCUCGCGACGUCUUUGUCGUGGGUAUCGCUGGCCAUGGGGUAUUUCUUGAGUUCUGUGCUGGUGUCGAUUGUGAACAGAGCAACGAGUCACGGCGGCCAGCAGCCAUGGCUGGCCGGAAGUAAUCUGAACCAUUAUCAUCUGGAGAGGUUCUAUUGGCUCAUGUGUGCUCUCAGUGCGGUGAACUUUGGGCAUUAUUUGUUUUGGGCGAUUAGGUAUAAGUAUAGAUCGAAGGAGGAGAUGCUAAUGUCUGAAAGAUGAAGUUUAGGUUGAAUAUUUGAUUAAACUUAAUGGAAAUGGGGAAUGUUAUGUGGUUUUGAAAUGAUGAUGGGGUGUCAAGUUUUGGCCUAAUGGCAUUCGGGAAAGAGAGGAGGAGCUUUUUUACUUUGAAAUUUUGUUGUUGUGUGUUGUACGAAGUGGUUCAAGUUGCUAUAUGAUUUUGCAAGGAAUGGAUUACUUU